AUGGCCAAGCGCCGCGCGGAGCCGCUGCUGUGCCACGCGCCCGUGAAGCGGCUGCUGCGGGACCCGCCGGCCCGCGCGGGCGAGCGGCGGCCCCGCGCGGAGCCGGGCGGCGCGGCCAAGCGCCCGCUGGAGGAGGCGGAGGCGCCGCCGGGGAAGCGGCUCGGGCCCGGCGCCCCCCGCGCGCCGCCGGGGGAGGCGGGCGGCGGGCGGCGGCGGCGCGGCGGGACCGCGGCGCCGCAGGGCGCGCCGGCGGCGGAGGGACGCGCGGGCGGCCGCGGCAAGGAGCGGGCCGGGCCCGCCGCCGCCGAGCAAGAAGAAGAAUUCUGUCAAUAUAACUCAUUCCUGUACUGGAGACCACCACUGCCUGCUAUUGAUUUGUCUGAUAUUCAGAACUUAGAUGAAGAGACUCCAUCGACUGCUAAAACUGCUGCAAGGACUGAUACCUCAGAGACUGAAAUGGAAACCUGAUCAGUUGUUUCAUAGCUGUGCGUCUACUCCCAGGAAACUUGUUUCCAUUGAGAUUCGGGUUUUGUUCCUUGGGUGAAUAAUAAGCAUGCUUAAGCAGUCUUGGAGAAACUGUUGUGGCAGUCUUCAAAAGCUAAUCUGAGUUGCCUUAGUGUAUGGGAUAAACGGUGUAGGGUACUUAACAGGAAGCUGUCCGAAGGUGGGCAGUAAGGAGGAGCCUGCAGUGUAAUAAGAAUACUUGAAGACAUGGAGGCAGACUAAAAGAAGAAUAUAAAAAAAUAUUACUUUGGGAUGCAAUUAAAAAAAAUGGGGAUAUGUUACAUGUCUAAAGGAAAUGCAAAAUCAUUCUGUCUGUCCUGAGCAAAAAUCAUGUGGUAUCUGAAAGUGAAAUAUAUAAUGUGUGAAUUUAUCAUAAAGCACACAAGCUCUAGUGAUUUCUAAUGUGUUUUUUUUUUUUCUGUAUAAUAGCUAAACCAAAAAUUAAGAGUCCAUCAAAAUCGGACAAAACAUUCCCUUUUCUAUGCAAACCAGAAACCAAAUGUGGCAGAAAAAGGGAAAGAAAAGGGGCUGCUUUCUGCUGAAAGCUGCUGCUGUUCUGAAAGGUAUCACAUUCUCAUUGAAAAAAAGAUUUUUCACCCUUCUCUUUUUCACAUUACAGACAGCUGUAGGCACCCAGUUUUUUAUGUUUUUGGUUCAUUCUAAACUUAUUGCUAAUUGUCUUUGUGAAGUUGCUCUGAGCUAGUUGAUAGUAUCUGAAUGAUAGGUUUGGGCAGAUAUGUCAAGAAAAGUUAGUGCAAUAUAAGAUGACCACACACACUCUUUCAAACUAUACUGGAUAAGGUGUAGUUUUUGCAGAGACCAGGAAUCUUGCAGAGAGUUUUUGCAGAAGCUCAUUCAAAUAGUGUUUUUUUUUGCUGUGAAGUAUAAACUUAAUGUUUGUGAUUUGCAAUUUAUUUACAAAUUGAAGUAUAAUUAGAAAGACAUCUUUAGUAAUAGACUGAAGUUGUAUGGGAAGACUUACAUUUUGGAAUACAAUUUGUCUUUAAGGAUAGAAAAAGUUGUAUUUUUUUCUGUAAUCACUAUCGAAAAAGGCAACGUUUGAAUUUUUUUUUUUUCUAAUAAUGUGUUUGUUAAAGGACAAUAAAGUUUUGCCUGUGUGUAAUGUGAAAACU